AUGACGAAUUCAGAAUUCAAUAACCCUUCCAAGUUGGAGGAGCCCAUAGAGCAGAUAUUAUCCCAGAACAAGCAAAAGAUUUUGGAGAUUUUGGGCAACAAAUACUCUAGCGAUGAGUCUCUUUUGCUUGGUACCGUUAGUUUCGCUCAGUCAAAGCUAAUGACCUACAUCCUUGACAACUUGAGCGUGCCCACCGCUUCUCGGGCUAUGCUGGGGAAAGUCGUUGACAGAGCUUGGGUCGACCUUCAUCACCCCACGAUCAAGAUUUUUCAGUCACAAUUUCGGUAUCUGUCAAAAAAGAAAUCAUCGUCUAAAAAGCAAAGGCCUUUUACCAGCGUGGAAAUCCGGAAGACAUUCGAGCAUUUUGUGCGGUUUAUUUCCAAGUGCUAUGAUUUUUAUAUCAGUUUGGUAAAGGAAAUUCUAACAUCGCAUGACAUCAUACUCUUUGUUCCGGUCAAGAAACUUACCACGACGCUGAAAAUAGACAUCACUUACAAAGAGCCGAGAAAAUCCCCAUCCCAACGUACGAUCGAGUCGUUGGUCUACGUGAUUAGCAAAUGCGUUCUUUACAUCGGAGACCUCUCUAGAUAUCGCGCCCUGGUUGCAAAGACAUAUUUGCCGACAGCUUCAAUCUCCAAAGAAGACAACAACAAUUAUAGCAAGUCUAUCGAGCUCUAUAAACUGGCUCUCCUGAUCUUGCCUUCUUUAGGAGAUCCUUACAACCAUAUUGCUAUCAUCGAUAAUCUCAAAGAGGAUAGUUUCAAUGUGGUCUACAACUUCAUCCGGUCGUCCCUCAGCAGCGAACCAUUGCCCAUCGGCCUCGGUAACCUUAUUAAUUAUGUGUCCAAAAAACCUAAUCCGAUGUUGAGGGUUUUCGAAGCGCACAAUUCAACGCCGAAAUCUGAUCUCACAAAGAAUGUGAAGUAUGAGCUGCUAAGGUAUCAAUUCCUUGUUCUAUUCGAUUACUACUUGCUGCCAGGUCAGUGGAAGGAGUCGGAGGGUUAUUUGGUUCAUCAUCAUUCAAUCCCCGACAUUGAGACGGACUUUUAUAAAUUUAUGAAACAACUGGAUUAUCGGAAACAGGUUUUCAAUGAUCUAUAUUUCAAACAGCUUGUGAUCUUGAUUGGGGGAUUUGAGUUGCUGGUCGAUAACAAUAUGGUCCACCCCGAGCUGGACCAUAGCACCGCUAUCAUCGGAGAAUAUUUGAAAUUUACAUUUAGGUUUUUGGAUAACAUGAUGCAAAUCUCGCUGGAUAACUGGAAUGGAAACUCGGAUCAACCCGAUCUCACUCAUCUCUUGCUUCCUCUUGUCAGACUGAUGCUUUGUUGGUUCAAGGAGAGAGAGCUUCCAAGAAGCUACCUAGUUCAAACUCCAAAAUACGCUUUCAAGCUAGCCCAAAUUGUCAACAACGCUGUUCAAUAUUUCCGCAUUAACCCGGAGGCAACUUCCCAAGUGGAUGCUAAUACGAGGUUCAAGGACUACAAGCCUGAAAGAAAGAGACUUUUCAAAGAAGACGUUACUUUAAAAGAAUUCAGACCAAUCAACUAUGCAUUGGAUGACUUCAAUGAUAGCAAGUUUCAAGAAAAGUCUGAGACUUCGGUGCUUGCUUUGAUCGGAGAACUUCCUGACGAAAGCCACAAGUCCAUGAAACUCUGUGAUUACGUCCUGAGAAUGAUUUCCGUUGCACAUAUGGGAAUACGCAUCCUAAGUGAAAACAAAGUCGAUUUGCAAUUUGAUCCUACAACUCAAUUGUUUUUGAUCCCAGACAACAAGGUGAAACAAUUUACAAAGAAACGCUCCAAGCCUUUGAAGGAUGGUAAAUCGAAUUACGAAGAAAGUGAACAUCAGUUUGUUUCCAUGGUCGACUCAAUUGUAAGCGACCCCGAGGAAGAUUUGACUGCUCAGCCUGUUAGUGCCGCAAACUCUCCAGAGCUGACUAAAGCGCCUCCAGCGACCGUGCCUGCUACAAGCCCUCCGAUAUUUUCUAAUAUCUGGUCGAACCAGCCAUUGAUGGCCAAUUUGCAACCACAGCAAGCAAACAUGGGAUUUUACUACCCUAUGGAUACUUCUCAGUCUCAAUUUUUCAAGCCUGCAGUUGACCCCCUCCCGGCCCAGACCAGCGGCAAUUCAUUUACUCUUCCCCCUCAGUUACCUCUGGCAGAUUCUUUCAAUGCAAUGCACUACAAUUCUUUCUUUUUCCAGCAACCGUUGAAUAUGGAAACAAUGAACCAAGAAGUGGCACAAGAGAAACUCUAUAACGCGUAUCAUCAGUAUGGAAAACCCUAA